UUGUUUUUCAGUAUUCUACCUCUUACCAACUCGGCGUUCGAAGCUCCUUUUGCCUCUUCCCGGCGCAUCUCUACUAGAUUCAUCAAGCCAUCACCGCUAAUUUCCAUCACAACUGCAACUUCCUCCCGUCAGCAAUGUCCUUUAUCCGAUAUGGAAUUUUCUUGCACCACACCAUCCGCAUUUCCUCCAACAGUACAGCUUUCACUAUCGACACGCCCAAGGGCAGUCAAAAACAGCUUGACUCUAGGAAUGAGUCCUAUUAGGCCGUUGACAAUGACAUUUUCCGGUUUAAACUCGUCUGGUGGCACAGAUUCAUCGUUCCGCUACAGCUUACACGAGCACCUUCCUACCUAUCCUGUUACAAAUGGCCUGGUGGAUUCAGACAGGCAUAUUGGGAAUAUUUUUCCGCCUUGGCUUAAAAGGGCCAUUUUGAAGGACAAACUACCAUCAAAGGCGGACCCCGAAAGUGAUAUAGAAGGAGAAGAAUCUGAGCAAGGAAAUAAAGUUGUUAAAAAGUCCAUGGUUAUUCAGACUCCUGAGGCAAAUAAAUGUUUACAUGGGCUUAAUGAUGAUGCCCCUUGUUUCCAAAUGACUGCGAUUAUACCAGAGCUCUUUUAUCCUGCCUACCAGCACGAUUCCUUGUCCAUGUCACUACCCUCUCCUACCUCUGAUCAAAAAUGCAUAGGUCCAACUAGCGCCUUUGCUAAGCCC